AUGACUACUUAUUUUGAAUACGGUGUAAAACUUACAAAUGGGCAAAAGUCAAAACUGGCUUCUGCAAUAAGAAAUAAAUCACCACUAACUCUUCGGUUAAAACAUUCUCAUCUUCAAGGUUCUGAUGAGUUAAUGCUAACCCAAAGACAAAUUACUAAAAUUAAAAAAUCACUUAGAAAUGGAACAGGAUCAGAUAUAAAGAUAAGUAAAACUCAGAUUAGAAAAUCUGUAAAACAUGGUGGAAACUUCUUUUCAUCACUUGCUUCUAUUGGAGCAAAAGUAUUACCUUACGCAAUAAAAGGAAUUUCAAAAGCUGUUCCUGCAUUAGCAACUGGUGCUGCAACCGCACUUGGAGAAAUUGGUCUAAAUAAAAUAUUUGGAAAAGGAAUCACAAUUCCAAAAAAGUUUUUUCCAAUGUUACCAGCUAUUAGAGGAGAAUCAACCAAAUCACAAAUAGAUCUAAUAAACAAAAUUUAUCAAUCAGGUGGACGACUGGUUAUCAAACCAACUCGUAAACAGAUAGAAGGAGGAUUUCUUGGAACUCUUGCUUCUAUCGGAAUUCCAAUGGCAAUUAGUUUAGUAUCUAAGAUGUUUGGUGGGGGACUUCAGGUUGAUAGACGUGGAUCAUCUAAUACAGCAAAUGUUUACGUUCCACAUCCUCCACCAAAAAGUGGUGAAGGUUAUCCUUAUAGAUCACCCCCCUUUUUUGGUACUUGGGAAAACCCAAUAGGAAUGGGAGUUAAAAAAAAAAGUCCAAAGGAAAGGGAAUACUAUUAGGAAAAAACAGUCCAUUCAACUCAAUUCCCAUUCUAGGAACCAUUUUGUAAUUAAACCACUGUCCAACUUUGACCUUAUGGAUUGGAUAAAAAGACUUGGUAUUAAACAUUUUAGAGGAAUAUAUAGUCGUGAUGGUCUACCAAAAAAGAUUAGAAAAGAAUGUCGAAUAAUCAAUCUCGAUGAUAUGACAGGCCCUGGAACACAUUGGGUCUGUUAUAGAAAUAUAGAUAAUGUAGUUGAGUACUUUGAUCCGUUUGGACUAAUAAUGCCAAAUGAAGCAUUAGAGUAUUUUCAUACUUCUGGAAAACGUAUAUUUUACUCAAUGGAUGAAAUACAAAAUCGCAAUACUGUUCUCUGUGGAUAUUGGUGUUUAUAUUAUCUGUUUGAGCGACAACGUGGUACUAGUAUUCUUGAUGUAAUACAUAACCCUCAUUUUGAUAAUGACAACAGUGAUUUUAUAAAAGAAUAUUUCUCUUAAGACUAAAUAUAAAAUUUUAUAUUUAGUCUGAAUCCAUUGGUGCAUCCUUCAGUUGCUUUACCCUAUCAACUUUUGUAUUUAUAUCUUUAACACUAUCAACUAUAUCAACAAAAUUUGAGUAAAUGUCAAUAAGACGAUAAGGUUUCUUCUUUUUAUCACUAUUUAUCUGCAACCAAGAAUAUUCCUCAUUUCUGAUUUUUUUCCACAUAUUACUUUCACCUGCAAUUAGUAUUCUAGAAAGAUUAUCAUUUUUCUUUCUAAGAAUUUCCAACUCCUUACAUAUUUUUGUCCUUACUUCUUUCUCAAAAUCCUCGAUUGUUUUAACAUCCAUCUUUUUCUCUAUCUCAGAAAAGAAUUUAGCCUCCAUUUAUUAAAUAAAUAGAUAAUUACCUUUUACAACUUUGUUAAGUGUAUUUGAUUUUUCACUUAUUUCCAUAAGCAACUCAAAUACUUUUAUAAAUUUAGUAUCAUUUUCCAAUCUAGAAAAAUCAGCGUAUUCAUUACUUAUGUUUAGGUUAUUGUAUAUCUUUUGAAGUUCACUUUUAAGAAAAUUAGAUCUAGUAUUCAUAUUUUUAUCUAAACAUUAUAUUAAAUGAAAGAAUCAUAUUGCAUCGUAGAUAAAAGAGUAACUCCUUGUACAGAGCCAAGUGGUUACCAAACUGAUAAAAGAGGUAGAACACAAUUCUUUUGUAGAUGUGCAGUUUGUGGAAAUAAAAAAGUUAGAUAUGUAAAAUCAGGUUCAGUUUCUCAAACUGGAAGUGGUAAAAAGAGAAAAACAAAAAAGAAGUCAAAAAACUAAUUAGCCCGUCUAAAGGGGCGGGCGUCUUUGAUACUGUUGUUGGUACAGCAGUUGAUGGUUUUGUUCAUUACAGUUUACCUUGGAUGGGUAAGAAAGCAGUUGAAAUGGGGCAAUAUGGAACAAGCGAGUUAAUGAGAAAUAAAAAUUUUCAGAAGAAAUCUGUAAAUUAUGGAAUUAAUAAACUAACUCCAUUUAUUCAAGAUUCUGUUGGAUCAGCAAUGGAUAAACUAUCAACAAAAGUGAGACCAAAGAAAAAGUAUAAAACUAAUAGACCGGAAUUAGAUGGAAGGGGAAUAGAUAUUCACAAUGCUAUUCUUAAAGUGGCACCAAAAAAAGGUUUAGUCAUACCAGGUCAUAAUUAUACUGGCCCUGGUAAUCCUCUUCAUGAUCAACUUCGUCAUGAUGACGAGGGAAAUAUACUAGAAAUAUAUCAACAACCAACAGGACCAACGGAUGCAGUUAGUAUGCAACAUGAUGUAGAUUAUGCAGUUUGUGGAAAUAAACCAAAAAAUGAACAA